CUAUUCCAAGUCCUAUCCCGUCUUCCGGCAGACGGCGUCGGGUACGGCCUGUUGCAGACUAGGUGGAGAGGGAAGGGCAUUAGGAACAGUUAUUGGGUUGUGAGCAGGGUGAGGCUGAGGAUGGGAGGUGAGAGGGGGAAGGUAUGGGGUAGGCUAGUGUGGAAAGGAAAAGUCGUCUCCCCCAAACCGGAAGAGAUCCGCGGCGGGCUCAAGUACUUCUGG